CCAAGUUUUGGAGCUGUGAACGAUUACUCCAACGUUUAUUUUGCUUUUUUGCCAUACUCGCAUUUCUUCGUUUACGAAACAAGAAAGAAAGAAAUCAUGUCGGAGCGUUUGAAAAAUACAAAUCGGGUCUCAAAUGAGGAUAUAAUCGAAGAUCUCACCAAGGAUUUGAAAACAGCUUUUACCACUCAAGAUCCAGUUGAAGAGUUCGUUAUAAACCCUGAUUCCAGUGCUGAAGAGUACCCCACGUCUUCCGGUGACGCUCCAGCAGCAGCAAAAUCUUCCGACAUUCCAUCUGCUAACCUCGACAGUAAUUACAAAGACCCAGAUGAAAAGGAACAGAAAGAAACUGAGAGUGAUACUGAUUCCAUAGAUGAAGUUUCUCUGAAGGACGCAGAAGUUGACCUUACUGAUGACCAGAAAGCAGAAAGACAAAUCAUCGCAGAAGAACUUAAGAAGAGUGGAAACGAGGCUUUUAAGGAUGGUGAUUAUGAGAGGAGCAUAGAGAAAUAUACUGAAGGUUUAAGAAUCUGUCCACUGCAAUUCUCGCAACAACGCGCGGUUUUGUACUGCAAUCGCAGUGCUGCCAAAAUGAAGCUAGAGAAGUACAACAGAGCUAUCAAAGACUGCACAAAGGCCAUUGAACUUGAUGACAAAUAUCUCAAGGCCUAUAUCAGGCGAGCCCAAUCUUACGAAGCAACGGAAAAACUAGACGAGAGUUUAGCAGAUUACAAAAAAAUAUUAGAAAUGGACCCAACACACAAAGAGGCACAAAAAGCAGUUGUCCGUUUGCCACCGCUCAUCGAAGAAAAAAACGAAAAGUUAAAACAAGAAAUGCUAGGCAAACUCAAAGACUUAGGUAACAUGAUUUUAAAGCCUUUUGGUUUGAGUACAGAAAAUUUCCAGCUAGAACAAGAUCCGGAAUCUAAAGGAUAUAAGAUAAAUUUCAAACAAUGA